UUUCCGCGUCCUUGCAGCACAGGACCCUGUCGACACGCCGGCGGUCAGGCACCGGAGCGCAAACGCGUCGAUACGAGCACGCCAGACAUCAUCGACACUGCAGCAGACAGCAGGCCCGUCUCAACACCUGCACCAUGUGCAAGCACGUCCUCAACGCCCAGGUCGCCAUCCGCGCGCCCUGCUGCCGGAAAUGGUUCGAGUGCGCAGAGUGCCACCAGGAGAACUCCGACCACCCGCUGCUCCAGAGCUUCGACAUGACCUUCGCCUGCAAGAAGUGCAAGAAGUGCUUCCGGAAGGACUCGCGGGAGUUUGAGGAGAGCGACGAGUACUGCCCGCAUUGCGACAACCACUUUGUGCUUGAUGCCUUGACCCCCAAGGCGUCACUGCAGGUUGAAGGCGAAGACGUCCGGAAAGACGCGAGGAUGCUCAAGGACGGCCGCGUGCGCGUCGAUGGGGAGAGGUCAAUAUUCAACGUCAAAGACGCCGCAGACCGCUUGGGAUGAGAACUGCAAGGGCGAAUGCACUCGAUGAACGAGGGAGAAGGGUAGCGGAAAGGCUUCGUAAUAAUGCCAAUGCCUCAGGAGACGCAGCGCCGCGGUCAGCGAGGGAGAGAAUGUGCGCUAGAUAUGCCAUAUGUUGAGCACUAGACGGACGUAUCUGUAUAGUACAGAUCCCGAAAGGUCUAUCACCCGGACGCCAAUGCUAUUCAUGCGCCAAC